AUGAAAAGAGCAAAAGUAAGCUCAGUGUACGAAGGAAGAAGAAUUAAAAGAACCAAAGAGGAAAACGAUUAUAGCUCAAGAAAAGCAAGAAUCAAUGCAAGAGCAAGAAGAAAUUUGAAAGCUCUUUAUAAGAUCAUGGCUACUGAUAGAAGAAAUAGUGAUAUAACUGAACAAGAGUACGCUAUUUUUGAAGCUGAUGAAAGCCGCGACAUUGAUGUACUCGGGGACAUUGCGAAAAGGGGCGCGAAGAUGGAGAAAUGGGAGGGCGGGGCGGUUUGGUGGGAAGAGUGGCCGCUGUACUGGACUUACGAGGAGGAAUGGCUGUGGUUCGAGGCGGAAUGCGGUUGUUGCUACCGCUCUUUGCCGGAGGUGAUGAAUGGUAUUGGUUUAGCGAAUGGAGAUGAUCGGUACGAGAAAAAAGUUACUUUUGAAGAGUCGUAG